AUGUCAAUGAAUUCAAAUCUAUGCGUCUUAACACAAAAAAUUGGACGUUUUUUACUUAUCGGUUUAAAUAGACCAGAGAAAGGUAAUGUAAUAAAUCAAACAACUGCUUCAAUGUUAAAUGAUAUAUUAUACAACCAAUUUGAUAAAGAUGAUAAUAUUAUUGGAGGUGUGUUAUAUGGUGAAGGAAAAGAUUUUUGUUUGGGUUUGGAUAUGGAAGAAUUAACGGAUUAUAUAAAACAAAAUCCAACUUGUGAUAAUACAUCAUUGAAUAGACUUUAUUCAUGUUUAUCUGUAGAUUCUACUAAAUUGACAUUUUCAAAGCCGCUUAUUGCAGCAAUUGCUGGGAAAGCUAUCGGUGCUGGUUUGGAACUAGCAUUAGCAUGUGAUCUACGUGUUGCCGAGAUCGAUUCCAUAUUUAGUUUACAUAAACGAAAACAUUGUAUACCAAUGAUGAAUAUGGGUACAAUACGUUUACCAAGAUUAAUAGGUUUGUCUCGUUCUCUUGACAUGAUACUAACUGGACGUGAAUUGCAUGCUAAUGAAGCUUUGGAAUUUGGAUUAGUUAAUCGUGUUACUCCAACUGGAACUGCUAUUGGUGUUUCAGUGAAAAUGAUUGAUGCUAUAUAUCGACUACCUGGAUUAUCCGCUUUAUACGCUGACAGAUCUAAUGUAAUACGAGCUAGUCAAUAUUCCAUGAAUUCAGAAUUGGCAAAAAUGGAGUAUACUGAAGCUUUAAAUGCAUUUAAAAAUGAAGGAAUUAAUGUAAUUAAUGAAAAACUAUCGGAUCAACCAACGACGGAACGUGAAUGUAAUGGAAAGUGA